CUAGGCUAUACAAUUAGAGCUGCCGAUCUGAAGGCGUGAACUCUGAGAGAGCAGUCAGAGAGCAAGCAUCACAUUCACCGGGAAUAGCCAAGUGCCUAAACAAGAUACACAUACGAUGACGACUCCUGGAAAUACCAGCUUUGAGAAUCAAACAACAGACGAAUUAGUUGACUCAAAGUUUCGUUACACUCUAUUUCCUAUAUUCUACGGUAUUGUUUUUGUCUUGGGGUUGCUGGCCAACUGCUAUGCUCUUUAUGUGCUGCACUAUAUGCGGGAAUCUAAAGCUAUGAAUGAGAUUCGAAUCUACAUGACCAACCUGACUGUUGCAGACCUGUUGUUCGUGUCCGCUCUACCGUUCUGGAUUGGCUACUACGUGCAUAACGGUGACUGGAAGUACUCGGAUGCCCUCUGUCGUAUCACAGGCACGUUUUUCUUCAUUAACACGUACUGCUCUAUUCUCUUCCUUACUGCCAUCAGCAUUAACCGUUACUGGGCUGUUACCAGGCCUCUGGUCGCCGCCUCUUCUGACUGCUGGAGACGUGGAGCAAUUGUCUCAGCGGCCAUCUGGGUCGUCACUCUUGUGGCAUCGGUUAUAUACCUCACUAAACCGGGAAUUCAGAUCAAUAAGAUUAAGAAUGAGAACAUUUCUCGCUGUUUCGAGGGUUAUCAAGAUAAUAAAGAUAACGAUAAAAAUGCAGUGGCCGUCACCCACUUCAUCAUUAUUGGCUUGUUCUUUCUUGUUUUCACAAUGGUAAUUGUCUGCAACAUCUUGAUCGCUCGAGCUCUUCUGUCUCAACCCAUCAGUCAGCCUCAAGCCAGCACGGGAAAGCGUCCAGGCGGUACCAAGCGCAGAGCUUUGAGGUUGUUGUGUGCUGUCGUGGGCGUCUUUGUGAUCUGUUUCCUGCCCCAUCACGUGGUGCAGGGUCCUUGGGCAUUGUCGGUGCUUUACCUGAAUCUUUGGAGCAAGGAGACUCGCCAAAGCUUAAACGAUGCUCACCAGAUCACCCUCAUGCUUAUGGGGAUCAACUGCCUUCUGGACCCACUGGUGUAUUGCUUCGCCACCACCAAGUUCCGCAAGUACAUCCAGGGUCAUUUCACAAAGAUCAAGAAAAACAAACACUGCUCACGCAACACAUUAAGCACAGUAGUGUCCCUGAAGAGCAGACAUCAGAGCGAAUUCUGAAUGCUGCCAAAGAGCAGAACACUGAUAUUUGGUGUUCAUUUUAAUCAGUUAAGAAUCUUAUUCCGAAUUAUUCAUAUUUGAGCAGAAUUUAAUUUCAAUUCAAAAUUAGGUUCUGUUUGUUUUUUGUUUUUUUAAAGGGUUUCUCCCAGAAAUGAAAAUGAUGCUAUCAUUUACUCAUCCUCAAGUCAUUCCGAACCUGAACGACUUUCUUUCUUCAUGUGGAACACAAAAUAAGACAUUUUAAAAUAUACUGCAUUGUUUUGAAAGUCAAUGAAAUCCAGUGUUUUUUGUUGUUGUUGUAACAUAGUGUGAAAAAAGAAAGUAGGCUGGGUAAAUAAUAACAGAAUUUGAAGUUCACCUUUCAAUUGCUGCUACGUUUUCAAACAAUAGAGUAUUUCAAGCAUGAUUAUUAAACGUGCAUUUAUAAAUGCUUUAUACACUGAAACAUUAAGCUUUUAUAUUGUGAUUCCUAUAUUGUCGUAUUAUCUCUUAAAGAGAUAAUCCACCCCAAAAUUAAAAGUGUGUCACCAUUUACUUAUACCCUGAUGUCAAUUUUUAUGACUUUCUUUUUUUCGGAGGAACACAAAAGAAGAUAUUUUGAAAGUCAGUGGAAUUCUAGCAACAUUCGACCCUAUUAUUGACUGAAACAUACUCCACAUAUCUUCUUUAAUGUUUCACAGAAGAAAGUGAAAUGAAAAGUCAUGGGGGUUUGUAACCACGAGGGUAAGUAAAUGAUGCCAAUCUUAAAAUGUCUGCACUUGUGUAGGUGGAACUGACCUAUAUGUAUGUGUGUCAUGUUAAAGAAUUCUCAUUCUUGUUAUCAUAUAAGGAGGCAGUCUUCUGUAGAAUGAAGAAGACAAAUGAGUAAAGAGGAUGCUGGUGGUUAAUCUUGCCAUAUGAGAGUUGAUGAUAAUAAUAGAAUGUGUUUCUUUCACACAGUCUUUACUGGAACAUAAUUCAGUUCAGUUUAGUUUAUUUAUCCCUUAGGAAAUUGGUUUUGCAAUUGGUUUUGGAAAUUGGUAAAUUAAUGUUUAGAGAUCAUGUGUGAAUGGGACCUUUUCAAAAUUACCGGUAAUCAGUUUUUUUGGUUGGCUUAUGAGAAAUUGUAACAUUAUCUGUAAAUUACCAGUAUGAUAACUGUGUGUGAACUAAGAAUAUGAUUGCCGGUAUGAGUAUGUAUGAGGGCAGGAUGUGCAUGUGUGAGAAGUCUGCUUUGGGGCAACCAUAAAACUCUGUUGAGCAUUUUAAUUGUUUUUCUAUGUAAACGUGCUAGACGGACAUCUGACAAUUUGCUCCGUGCCACGUGCUUGAGAGUGAGACCCUGCCUUCAUUUCCCUUUAUCGGUGCUGUGGCUCUGCUGAACAUUGUUGUGCUAACUGCAGUACUAUAUGCCCUAUUGUAACUAGCUUUUCCUUUAGCGUCAGUUCGAUGACGCCGUAGGAUCGCGUCAUGUAACUGACGCUAAAGGGCGCCUAAGGCGUCAAAUAUUGAAGCAUGGUCAAAAGGUGACGCCUUGGGGUGAGAAUGCGUUGGGUUUAAUGUCUGAUGAAAGAAGCUAUCUGUUUCCUGUGAUCACUGGAAGUGUCACUGUUCAUUUUGUUAGGGUGAAGUUGUGGUGCUGCUGAACAGUCAAGAUUAUUUGUAAUAUAGAUUGCACAAUAAGGUGGUCAAUGUGUGUCUGAUCUGAUGUCUCUAUGACAACAAAUCAGCCUUGCUGUGAACUACUGUAGAUCUAUGAAGAGCAGUCCUGUGGGUUAGGUUUUGUGCCACAAAGGAAAUCUUAUUAUGCACUUAAACUAUUAAAAAUGACCAAUAAACUUCUUGUUCCAUGUUUGGUUUACAUUUAAUGCAUUGCAAAAACUCGUCAUUGAGUGGUUUGCCUCAGCAUAUUUUAUUUUUUUGAAUUUAUUUAAUUUAUUUUAAACAUGCUAUGUGUAGCUACAUGUAUAUAUGGUUUGUGUCGUCGAGUUUUGUGUGCUACUGAUUACCAUAUCCAAUUCCUGUGUGUCUGCUGAUGAAUUUGGCGAAUAAAGUAAUUGUAAUGAUUCUGAAACAUACUUUUUUGAAAAUAUGUGUUUAAAUUUGCAGUAAUGUCUAGCCAUUCUUUAUUGCUUAAUAUGGUGUGUAUAUGAGCUGAAUUUUAUGGUGGGAUUAUUGACAUUUAUUUAAUGCUCAGUGAGGUUCACCAUUGUUUCCUUGUGGUAUUAACACAUUUUAAAAUAGCAGAAUGCAUGACAUCCGCUUCCGAAGAACAUUUCUUUGUAAACUUCUUCAUUAAGCAGGAAGUUUCGCAAGAAAGUUAAAGUGUAACGCUCCCAAAGAUAGUUCAUACAAAAAUAAAACUUCUUAUUUAUCUUAACUUUGUUGCAAACCUGUAUAACUUUCUUCUGUGAAGCAUGAGUUAUUCAGAAGUUAUUCAGGUUAUACAGAAGGUUAUAGGGAACUGUAUAUAGUAAGCUAUAGUGAAUGAAGGGCAGUUGUGAAAGACUCUUGAUCUCGCAUUCUAACAACUGAUCCUACUCAAGUACUGCAACUGUUGUUAUAUUUAUUCAAAUGAUCAUUGAUGUUUGCAAUUGAUGCUGUUUACAUAAUGUAAAUGCUUAAUCUGUGCUGAAAAGGUAAAAUAAAAUUAAUAAACUGUG